AUGGCGGGACAUCUCCCAACCGGAGAGGAAGCCAGUGGUAGCAAAGCAUUGGAAACUCCCACGAUGGAAUUACAAGAUUAUGUUGAUUCUAAAAAAUCCAAGAAACGGAAAAGGAGUUCCACUGCAAUCCUUGCUAAUGCUUGUCAUAGCUCGAAACUGGAAAAAUUUUAUACCAGAGUUAUGUUGUCUUUAACCAAGCCAUCCUACCUUCUCGGACUUGGUUUCAACUUUAUUCGACAGGAAAAUCGUACAAGAUUGUUCCAUCUUUUGCGGAAAUUAGUGAGACAACAUAAUUGGACUGAAGCAGCUGGUGUGCUCAGUGUGUUUUUGAUAGCCACACGCAAAGAUAAAUCUCCUAUCUUGAAUCGGUUCAAGUACACGGUUUCGAUGGAGCUUCUUAAGCACAUAGAAGGUGAUGAUGUCAGUUUGUCAGCGAUUUCUGGCAUAUAUGAUACUUGGAUGGAAAGGAUUGGAACCAAAUUAUCAAAAAAAGAAACCAGGAUGGGCAAAUGGAAGAGCUUGAUGCAAGAGCAUGGAUAUGAGAAUCAUCCAUUGUUUAAUAUGAUGCUCGGCUUGAUAUCUAGUCAGUUGUGGUAUUCUAGCAUCCCGGAAGAAAUUCAGUGGAAGGAUCCUUUUCAAUUUCAUCCUCCUACACAUUCAGACAUGCCAGCCACUCCUGCGCAACCAGAGAUGUCAGCUACUAGAAUCAGCCAUGAAAUUGGGGAUACAGAGGGGCAUAAUGCAGUUGUUAAUGAAGAACGUGAUGCUUCCUUUCAUUGUAAUUCAGAAUCUUCUGUCAUGCAAGAUAAAGAUAUAUCUGGUGAGGUUGAUGGUAGCUUUCACGGAGAAGUGUUGCCUGUGGAGGUUGGUAAACUGCACAAAGAAAAUCUCCCACGAGACUUUCAGCUACAAGGCUUUUACAUGAGGUCUGCUGAAAGUGAUGCCUCCUUUGAUGAUAAUGGUGGUCACAUGCACUUUGUCCCUAAUCUGGCUGCCUUUGUAGAUAAAUCAAUUUUAAACCUGGAGAAAGCCUCCUUAAUGUUUCUAAAGGUACUGAUUAUUUUACUUCCUGAUGAUGCUGCUGAUGUGGGUAGUGUAGCUAGUUGGAAGUGGUUAUGGGGGAGGUCAAAGAGUUCAUGGCUGUUACCAUUGCAAACUGGGAAUUGGGAGUUGGAUCAAUUUGUUCAUGAUGAGGAAUAUAGGAAUGCAGUGAAGUAUUUGCAAGAAGCUGUAAACUCAACACCUCCAGUAUCAGCAGCCUUGCUUCCUUUGAUACAGGGGAAUGUGGUUGCAGCAUUCAGUUAUGCUUGUAUUGUUCCCGAGACAAUUAGAUUUAUUACAGUAGUUUUCCCCCUUGCUGGGGAAAAUAUAGAGGCCCUUGAAGAACUUGAGAAGUUCUGUGCCAAUUCAAGUUUCGCACUUCCUAAGAGAAUGAAGGCUGAUCUUUUUGAUCGUCUUGAUCCUAAUAACAGUGUCGUACUUGCAACCUGUUAUGAGGACACCUUAAAGAGUGAUCCUAAAUGUAGCCAGUCGUUGGCAAGGCUUGUCAGCCUGCAUCAGAAAGGGGAUUAUAGCCUUCAAUCCCUAUUGGAAAUGAUAGCCUUGCAUUUAGAUGCUGCCUUUGUGGAAUAUGAUACUUGGAGGGAGUUUGCUUUAUGCUUUCUUAAAGUGUCUCAAUGUGAAGAGGAUGAGAUGUCAGUUUGUCAGCCUGGAAAUGAAGGGGAAAUCAGUAAGGCUUUGGAGGUCUCGCUGCAGAUGGUGGUCGACACGUCAUUUCGGCAGGAGCAUCCUUGCAUCAGAUAUUGCCACAGGGUUUGUCAAGCUUGUCUUUGUAAGGCUGCAUCCGAAACCUAA